GUCGAGCUGCGCGCUCACGGAUUCCUCUUUGUCCUCUGCUAGGUCUAGGUAGACGACCACUCGAACCCCCCAGCCGGAUCAAUCCAACAUUCCAACGCCCCUGGACCAGAACACAUUGCAUUGGUGAACACAUUUGUGAGAGACGGACUCCACCGCGUCCCCCUUCCUCCUCAGCCCUACAGCUUGCACGCCGCGUGUACAGCACUCUCCUCUCCGCGACGACCACAAUAGCAACAGCAGCAGCAACACCCACGCGAACAAACAACAACAAUGACGACCUCGCACCCCACAACGGCCACACAAGUGCGGAUAGUCGCGCGGAUCCGACCCGUGCUGGGGUCCGAGAUCUCCAAAGACAUCGUGGUGACUCAUUCCGGGUCGACGGUGUCGAUGCCGAACCCGAAGAACGAGAAGGAGACGUUUGCGUUUCCGUUCCACGCAGUGUACGGGAUGGAGUCGGACCAGUCCAGCGUGUUUGCCGAGGUGUCGCCGACGCUGAAGCACCUGUUCCGCGGCAACGACGUGACCAUCUUCGCCUACGGUGUUACUGGGAGCGGGAAAACGCACACCAUGAAGGGGAAUAAGCCCGUGGCUGAGAGAGGCAUCAUUCCACGCCUGCUUACGGCGAUCUAUAGAAGGGGGAAGGACCUCGAGAAGAAGAGCGCGGGAGCGACGAACAUGGCUGUCAUCAUGAGCUACUACGAAAUCUACAACGAUAGGGUCUUUGAUCUCUUCGAGGCGCCGGAGAAGCGCACGCUCGCUGGCCUCCCACUCAGAGAGCAGAACGGCAAGACUCAUGUGGUCGGGUUGACGGAGAAGGAGAUCAGCACGCUGAAGGAGUUCGAGACCCUGUAUGAUAAGGCGAAUACUAAUCGCAGCACAUCGGCCACCAAAUUGAAUGCGCACUCGAGCAGGAGUCAUGCGAUUAUCUGUGUGCGUGUCGAGAUUGUGGAUAGCACCACCGGCGAGAGGAAGAUUGGCACGGUCAGUUGUAUCGAUUUGGCCGGGUCCGAGGACAACAGGCGCACGGCGAACGAUAAGGAGAGGAUGGUUGAGUCGGCAAGCAUCAAUAAGUCGCUGUUUGUGUUGUCACAAUGCGUCGAGGCAAUGUCGAAGAAGAUGAACCGGAUCCCAUACCGAGAGUCGAAGAUGACCCGCAUCCUAAGCUUGGGCCAGAACAACGGAAUGACAGUAAUGAUCUUGAAUCUCGCGCCGACCAAGAAGUUCCACCAAGACACCCUGAGCGCCCUCAACUUCGCCAACCGCGCAAAGACAAUCGAAGUCAAGAACGAUCCACCACAAAUCCACCAUCCGCCGCCGAUCCCGAAUACAAGACUAGGCCCGGUGUCGGGCGCGCCAGUACGUGCCUUCGGACUGACCAAGAGCAAUACCACCCUCAAUCGACCAUUAUCCGGCGAUGCACCCGUCAAGGACCUGCACAAGAAGCCGCUCACGAAGGAGAUACAGAAGCCAUCGAAGCCGGUGCAACGGGUUGCUCUGACUGCAAAGCCGCUGGGGACACAAAGUAAUGGCAUCAAGAAAUCUUCUCGCAUCUCAGACCCAAUCAAGAUCCGCCGCGUCAAGGAGAUGAACAUCGAAGACAUCGUCGAGAAGAAAGUCGAAGAGAUCCUGGCGGCACGGGCCCUCAACGAAGCCCGACCAGACAGAACUCAAUCCGCGAAAGACAACAGCGAGGAAGUCAACAAGCGUCUCGAACUGCUGGAGAAGAAGCUCGAGAAGAAGGCGGACGCGCGGGCCGAGGGUCUCACAUACAUCCUCCUCGCAAAGCAGCACGUCCAGCGAGGCGAGGACUUCGCGGCGCUUAGUAUGUACCGCCUAGCACUCAACUACUUCCCGGACAACGAGAAGCUGCUGCGCAAGAUCUCAGAUCUCGAGGAGCGGCGGAAGAUGGCGGCGCACCGGUCUUCGCCCGAAUUGGGUGAUGACGACGAGCCGGAGGCGAAGCCCAAACCGAAGCCGAAGAAGGCGUUCUCCGUUUUUAUGGACGACGACGAGCCAUUGCGGCCGGCGAAGCGCGCGCGCUCCAUGAGCACGGGCAGCUACAACCUUGAGCAGUCGCCGCGCACGCGGCAGCUGCUGCACAUCAUCAACUCGGAGGACGUGGACCAGAUCAUGCAGCUGAAGGGUGUGGGCAAGAAACGCGCAGAAGCUCUGGCCGCACACGUCCGCGAACUCCGGGAGAACAACGAUGACUUCCCCGCUAUCAAGGACUUGGAGGAUCUGGGUAUCAUCAAGGGCAUCGGCUCGAGCAUGGUCGAUAAGAUGAGGUGCGGUAUCGAGGUGUGAUGUGGUGUAGCGCGUAGGUUGGUGUGUGUGUGUGUUGGUGUGUGUGUGUUGGUGUGUGUGUG